AUGAUCCAACCCGACUCCGACAAAUUGCCAUCGAAAGCCCCUGGUGUUAGCUUCGACCUAGGCCAGGAGGAGGCGGCAGCAGCUCUCGAAGACUUCGAUAACCAAAGCCAUGCAAGUUCCCGUGACCCUGGUAGCACACAAACAGUCGACCCCGCGGUGGACCGACGAGAUGAUUCCGGCAACGGCCAGUCCAAUUUUGAACAAUUAAAUGACGAUGUCAAACCGGCUUGGAGCGAGAUGAAGACCAAGGCCGGGAAGGAGCGGAAGCGCCUGCCGCUGGCGUGCAUUGCAUGCCGCCGCAAGAAAAUCCGCUGCUCGGGCGAGAAGCCCGCCUGCAAACACUGUACGCGCUCGAGGAUUCCAUGCGUGUAUAAAGUUACUACACGUAAGGCUGCGCCGCGCACGGAUUAUAUGGCUAUGCUGGACAAGCGACUGAAGAGGAUGGAAGAUCGCGUAAUCAAGACUAUACCUAAAGAUGAGACGAGGGACAUGCUUUCCAUUGGAAGAUCGGUUGUCAAGCCUUCCACCUCUGUGCAGCCGUCAAAAGCUCAAAAGAAACGUAGUGCGGAGAAGGCGUUCGCGGCAGAGAUGGAUGAAUGGGCUCAUGGGACUGGCCGCCCGCCACAUGAGACGUUCCCAGUGAAUCGUGAAGUCAAAUCCACCGAUGGGACUGGGCUUCUCACUGAAGGAGCCGAGUUUUUGCCCUCGUUAGAGAUUCAGGAGCACCUCGCAGAGGUGUUCUUCGAUUGUGUCUAUGGGCAGUCAUACCUCUUAUUACACAAACCCAGCUUUAUGCGACGGCUUAAAGCAGGCACAAUUCCCCCUGUCCUAAUCCUUGCUGUCUGUGCUGUAUCUGCGCGAUUCUCCACCCAUCCUCAGCUCAACUCGGAUCCGCCAUUCUUGCGUGGAGAAAAUUGGGCUAAUCCCGCCGCGGCCAUCGCCCUGAGCCGGCACGACGAACCGAACAUUACCAUUCUUACCGUUUUCUUACUUCUUGGUCUUCAUGAGUUUGGAACCUGUCAUGGUGGACGAAGCUGGUCUUUUGGAGGUCAAGCACUGCGGAUGGCGUACGCGUUGCAGCUCCAUCAAGAGCUUGAUCAGGAUCCAUUAAUCGGUCAGAAGAAUGGCAAGGGCUCAGAGUUGAGCUUCACUGAUCAAGAGAUCCGGCGCCGGACGAUGUGGGCAUGUUACCUGAUGGAUCGGUACAACUCUUCUGGAAGUCAACGGCCACCUAUUGGGAAUGAAAAGUUUCUACAGAUACAGCUUCCUAUCAAGGAACCUCACUUCCAGAUGGAGAUACCUGGUCCAACGGAGGAUCUUGACGGCGAUAUCCUUAAUCCCGUACCUGAAGAAACAGGCCAAUUAUCUAAUGCUAGAGAAAACAUGGGUGUUUCAGCGUACAUCAUUCGCGCUAUCGUCAUUUGGGGGCGCAUUGUCGACUACCUGAAUUUGGGCGGAAAGAGAAAGGACAUACAUCCACUUUGGCAUCCAGAAUCAGGGUACACGCAGCUUAAGCGGCAAAUUGAUGAGUUCUCCGCUUCUCUUCCGGUCUCUUUUACCUUUACAUACGAAAAUCUUCAAAUCCACGCAGCGGAGAAGAUUGCAAAUCAGUUCAUUUUUCUCCACAUCAUCAUGCAUCAAAAUACGCUGUUCCUCAACCAGUUCGCUAUUCCUUUGUCUCCGGGAGGGCGCCCACCAAGAGAUAUGCCUAAGUCCUUCCUCAGCAAUGCAGGUCGAGCCGCGGUCGAAGCAGCACACCACAUUUCAGUACUUUUUGAUCGAGCUUCAGCCUACCCCCUCACUGUUCCUUUUGCUGGAUACUGCGCUUACUCGGCAAGUACAGUCCACAUCUGGGGGAUCUUCUCGAAGAACAUCCAGCUGGAGGCACGGUCGAAAGAGAACCUUCGGCAUACGUACCGCUAUCUCAAUAAAAUGAAAAAGUACUGGGGCAUGUUUCACUAUAUGGUUGAGAGUGCCAAGGAUCGAUAUCGGCAAUUCGCUGAUGCAGCUAUCAAGGGCUCUGUGGCAACUCGGAAUGGCCCAUCGCUAACACCCAUGUUCCAAUAUGGUGACUGGUUCGACAAAUAUCCCCAUGGAGUGUCGAGAGUGCAUUGGGAGGACCCCGAUACUCGACACAAAGAAACGGGCGAAGACGCAGUCAUGGGUCAGAAACCCGACCUCCAAAGCGUGGAAGAUUUCUUUGCCGGCCUUUCCCCUACUCCACAGCCAAGACAACCUUGCAAAUCGCGAUCUCGCAAGAACAGCAAACUAUCGGAUGGAGCUUCGGGCAUAGACCAGACUUCACCAGAAUCGAUAAACAAAGUGACCAUGGGAAAUACCUCGAGUAUUUCUGGCGGUGCCUUCCCACAGCCAUCCACGUUCCAACAAUCCCGGCCAGUUUCAUUCGGCCAACCAUCAUUCGACUUCAGCAUUCCACCAGACCAAUUACCGCAACUAGACCGGCAAUUCGUUUACGGUACAUUUUCCGAUUUCGACCCCACCUCAUUCGUCCCAAACAACCCCCCUCCUAUACCACCGCUCAAUGGCGUCGAAACACAAAGUCCAGAUCAAACAUUUUUCACAGGCCACCUGGAUCCAAGUGCCCCUGCUGGGGUGGGCGAGUUCUAUCAGCCCAGCGCGUGGUUUCUUCCCUUCAAUCUUGACCCUGUUAGCGGUGGGAACCCACCAUCACAAGCUCCGCCUCAGGCUCCUAUAGCUGGGGGAAGCAAUGGCGGUGGCACGCCAUCCGGGAUUCCUCCUGCGGGUAUGCCUAGCUUCGGGGUUGCUGGGAGCAUGCCUUUGAGCGCAUACGAUCUUGGUUCAACUAGUUCUAAUAUAAAAGUCUCACGGCCGUGA